AAAAAAAAGCUUGCGGGUAUAAAACUGGCAGAUGUAUCAGACUGUAGAGCACAUCAAAUUGCUGCAACAAACAGAAACCAUAGAAAGAAGAUGAACUUUCUGCUUCUGGCUGUUAUUUUGGGGCUUGCUGGAGCCUUGCCUCUGCAGGACAGCAAAGAGUGCAGACCUCACUCCCAACCGUGGCACGUCAUUCUGCGCAGUGAAGGAAGAUCCUGCAGUGGAGCUCUGAUCGAUCCAAGAUGGAUAGUUACCUCCUUUGCUUGUGCCACCUCUCCCUACAACACCAUCGCCACUCUGGGGGAACAUGAUCUGUCGGUGGCAGAAGGAACAGAGCAGGACAUCGUUGUUUCGGAUGUGAUCCAACACGGGCCUUACCGCUCACCUCUCCACAGUCUCACCCUGAUGAGGCUGAGCCAGCCCGCCCGUAUCACGCCAUACGUGCAACCCAUCCCGCUGCCCAGCCGCUGUGCCCUGCCUGGAGAGAUCUGCUCUGUCAGUGGUUGGGGCACUACUGACCCGGAUCAAUCAAACUACAGUCCACGGCUGAAGUGCAUCACUGUUCCUGUCGUGGAUGAUCAGACUUGUGUGGAGACCUUUCCGGAGUACCUGUACUGGGGUGUCAUGGUGUGUGCAGGUCAAAAUAACACUGAUAACUGCCUGAGUGGCUCAAGCACAGUGAUGGUGUGUGACGGGCAGCUCCAGGGUCUGAAAUGGUUCGACCACGGUUGCAGCGACCCGGCUCACCCUACAGUCUAUUCCGAGAUGUGCAAGUACAACGGAUGGAUCAAAAGCAUGAUGGAAAAUUACGCUCCGAAUUUCCAAACUACGACCACACUAGGCAGCACAAACCCACCAGGUCUUUAGAUCAAAUCAAACAUUAUUUUAGAGCAUUGCUUACUUUUAAGCAUGUUUGCUCCUGUUGUUUCUUAAGCUACUUUUCAUAAAUAAUAAAUAAAUUGCUUCUAAUAUUC